CUCGGUGUGGGUGCCCCCGGGUGCAGCUGCCGGGGCAGAUAAAGGGGCCCUGCCCUGCCCCUCCCCGCCUGGGGCAGAUACGGGGCUGGGCCACAACGAACAUUCCCCCAACCCAAAAUCCCCAAAAUCCCCUCCUGGUGAAGCUCAUCGUCCUGGGGUGCAGCUCUGGGCCGAUGUGUCCCGAGUGAAGCAGCUCCCAGAGCAGGGCACGGCCGUGGGCACCUCGGACAUGGAGAGGAAAACGUCCUACGAGGAAGUCUCUGGGGAGCCCGGGGGGCUCGGGGGGGUGCUCAGCACCAUCUCCAGCAGCAGGAGCCCCCUGCAGCCCCCCGAGGCUGAGGAGGGGGAGCCCUUCAGCACCUACUUCGACAGCAAGAUCCCCAUCCCUGAGGAUGAGACGCACUCCUGCUUCAGCUUCCGCAAGCUGUGGGCGUUCACGGGGCCGGGCUUCCUGAUGAGCAUCGCCUACCUGGACCCCGGGAACAUCGAGUCUGACCUGCAGUCAGGGGCGGUGGCUGGCUUCAAGCUGCUGUGGGUGCUGCUGCUGGCCACCAUCAUCGGGCUGCUGCUGCAGCGGCUGGCGGCGAGGCUGGGCGUGGUCACGGGGCUGCACCUGGCCGAGGUGUGCCACCGGCAGUACCGCAAGGUGCCCCGGAUCAUCCUGUGGCUCAUGGUGGAGCUGGCCAUCAUCGGCUCGGACAUGCAGGAGGUGAUCGGCCCGGCCAUCGCCAUCAACCUGCUCUCGGUGGGCAGGAUCCCUCUCUGGGGCGGGGUGCUCAUCACCAUCGCCGACACCUUCGUCUUCCUCUUCCUCGACAAAUACGGCCUGAGGAAGCUCGAGGCGUUUUUUGGGCUCCUCAUCACCAUCAUGGCCCUGACCUUUGGAUAUGAGUACAUCACGGUGAAGCCCAGCCAGGAGAAGCUGCUGCGGGGUUUGUUCAUCCCCUACUGCCAGGACUGUGGCACGCCCCAGCUGGAGCAGGCCGUGGGCAUCGUGGGCGCCGUCAUCAUGCCCCACAACAUGUACCUGCACUCUGCCCUGGUCAAGUCCCGGCAGGUGAACCGUGCGGACAAGAGGGAGGUCAGAGAGGCCAACAAGUAUUUCUUCAUCGAGUCCUGCAUCGCGCUCUUCGUCUCCUUCAUCAUCAACAUCUUCGUGGUGACCGUCUUCGCCGAGGCCUUCUUUGACAAGACCAACGCCAACGUGAGCCAGGUCUGUGCCAACUCCAGCAGCCCCCACUCCGCGCUCUUCCCCAACAACAGCGACGCUCUGGAGGUCGACAUCUACAAGGGGGGCGUGGUCCUGGGCUGCUACUUCGGCCCCGCCGCGCUCUACAUCUGGGCCAUCGGCAUCCUGGCGGCCGGGCAGAGCUCCACCAUGACGGGCACCUACUCGGGCCAGUUCGUCAUGGAGGGCUUCCUGAACCUGCGCUGGUCGCGCUUUGCGCGGGUGCUGCUCACGCGCUCCAUCGCCAUCACCCCCACGCUGUUCGUGGCCAUCUUCCAGGACGUGGAGCACCUGACGGGCAUGAACGACUUCCUCAACGUCCUUAUGAGCCUCCAGCUCCCGUUCGCGCUGAUCCCGGUGCUCACCUUCACCAGCCAGCGCAGCGUCAUGCACGACUUCGCCAACGGCCUGUUCUGGCGCGUGGCCGGGGGGCUCCUGAUCCUGCUCAUCUGCAGCAUCAACAUGUACUUCGUGGUGGCCUACGUGAUGGCGCUGCACAGCCUGGCGCUCUACAUCGGCGCCGCCCUGCUCAGCGUCAUCUACCUGGCCUUCGUGGCCUACCUGAGCUGGCUGUGCCUGGUGGCCCUGGGCGCCUCCUUCCUGGCCUGUGGCAGCACGGGCCGCCUGGGCUUCGCCGCCCGCCCCGAGCUCUUCCUCCUCGGCCACGUCGGUUCCGAGCCGUCCGUCCCCAGGUGACCCCGGAGCCCGCGGACCCCCGG